CGUGAACUAAAUGUAAAUGUGGAGUGAAUUUCGGCGGGCGCCAUAUUGAUUGAUUACAGAAAAAAAAGUUCAGUAACACGUUUUUGGCGGUAAGAAGGCAGUUUCGUAGCGAUAAAUAGAAAUUUUCACGAUGGUGGACCAAAACAAGUUGGCGGAAGAAUUGACGGAUCAUGAAGCCGAAUUGUACGACAGGCAACUACGUCUGUGGGGUUUAGAUUCACAGAAACGAUUGCGAGCUGCAAAAGUUCUUUUGAUAGGACUGGAUGGUUUUGGCGCAGAGAUCGCUAAAAACAUUAUUCUGGCAGGAGUCAACACUGUUACAUUUUUAGAUCAUAGGAAUGUAACAGAAUUAGAUAGAUGUUCGCAAUUCUUUGUGCCGAAGGAAGAUAUUGGAAAGAAUAGAGCUGAAGCUUCAUUACCAAGAGCACAAAAUUUAAAUUCUAUGGUUAAUGUUAAUGCGGAUUCGGGCAAAGUUGAUGAUAAACCUGAUGAAUAUUUCGGACAGUUUAAUGUGGUAUGUGCUACACAUUGUACCAUCACGCAGCUAAAGAGAAUCAACCGAGCUUGCAGAAAUCAGAAAGUCAAAUUUUUUGCUGGAGAUGUAUGGGGAACACUUGGAUAUGUAUUUAUAGAUUUACAGGAACACGAAUAUGCAGAAGAUGUCUUAAAACAAAAGAAAAUUAAAAUACCAGAAGGUGGUGAACCUGAGGGAAAAGAAAAGAUUGAAACUAUAAUAGUUAAUGAAAAGCGUACCGAAACAUUUGUACCUUUCGAAUUUAUCCUGAAUGUUCCAAAAUCAUCCUUAGCUCGAGAGGAAGAAAUUUAUUACAUGAUGUUAAUAUUAUUGAAUUACCGUGAGAAGUAUGGUGAAGAUCCACUGCCUAGCGAAAGAGGUUGUAAAAAUCUGAAAAACGAAGCUUCUGCAAUUAUUAAAAAAUAUGAACUAGAGAAUAAAAUAGAUCACUUAAUAGAGAGUGAUCUAUAUGCACAACUUAGUCCAGUUUGUUCUAUCGUCGGUGGUGUUAUGGCUCAGGAAAUAAUCAAAGCAGCAUCGCAGAAACAUGCUCCACUUAACAAUUUGUUUACAUUUAAUCCAAUUACAUCAUGUGGAGUUAUUUUGAACUUGGGCUAUUAAUCAAAGGUGGAGUGUAUAUUUUUUAAUACUGUGAUAUAUUGAAUAUUACAUAUUUUUUUUACCUUUCCUUCAUCCUUUCUAUACUUGAAGUAAAUAUGAGUUAAACAAGAACUUGU